CGUUGUUUCCGGAAACAUGCUGCAAGACAAGUACGGAUCUCCCGCGACGGCUCUGCGGUGCCGUGGCACGAGGGAACUUGAGGGCCGCAGUUUGCUGACAGCCCGGUCUUGGUGGCAGGUAUAUCGGUCUGGCGCUGGCCAUGACCUCGAGUUUGGCCAUCGGCACUAGCUUUGUGAUCACCAAGAAAGGGUUAAUGCACGCAGAGGAACGCCAUGGCUUCGAGGGCGACGGCUUCGUUUACUUGCGGAGUCCGAUGUGGUGGGCAGGAAUCAUCUGCUUGGUUAUUGGCGAGGUCUUCAAUUUUGCGGCAUACGCCUUCGCGCCAGCCAUUCUCGUCACCCCGCUCGGCGCGCUGUCUGUUUUGAUAGGAGCUGUGCUAGGUUCCUACUUCCUCAAAGAAGAGCUUGGGACGCUGGGCAAGUUGGGGAGCGCCAUUUGUCUGAUCGGGGCCGUGAUCAUCGUCUUGCACGCGCCGCCCGACGAGGAGAUUGAGACCAUCGACCAGAUUCUGAACUACGCGAUUCAGCCAGGAUUUCUGCUCUACUCACUCGCCGUCUGCAUCUUUGCCGGCGUCAUGAUUUACAAGGUUGGACCGGUCUACGGCAAGAAGAACCCGCUCAUCUACCUGAGCAUCUGCUCUACCGUGGGGUCCAUCUCGGUCAUGUCCGUCAAGGCCUUCGGCAUUGCGCUGAAGCUGACCUUUGCCGGCCACAACCAAUUCACGCACCCUUCGACUUACGUCUUCAUGAUCAUCACUGCGGUCUGCAUUCUGACCCAGAUGAACUACUUCAACAAGGCGCUGAGCCAGUUUCCCACCAACAUUGUGAAUCCGCUCUACUAUGUCACCUUCACCUCCGCAACGCUAUGCGCCUCGUUCAUUCUUUUCAAGGGCUUCAACACGACCGAAACAGUCAACACGCUCUCCCUCAUCUGUGGCUUCCUAGUCACCUUCACGGGAGUCUACCUGCUGAACCUCAGCCGCAGCGAUCCUGACGGCACCAAGACACUAGCCCGCCGCACCAACGGCGACAGCACGGGCACCGACAUGAUCUCGAGCAUCCAAACGCGGAUGAGCAUGGAGGCGCGGCGGUCGCAGUCGCACCGCAUGAGCACCGGCAGCAACCGCCCCAGCGACCGCGAGGGGCUGAUCCGCUCGUACGACGAGGAGGAGGCCGCCGGCUUCGGGCUGACGGACCUCGCCGAGGACACCGACGAGGAGGACGAUCCGCGGUCGCCCAUGAUCCCGAGCUUCCCGCGUAGCAACGGUCACCCACCAAACGGGAACCAUCUCAGGGCUAAGAGCGCGAGCCCGUCAAUAGAGCUGCAGAAUCGGAAAUCCGGGGAGAGGUGAUGACACGCCCCGUGGCGACAUUUUUUUCUGUUUCCAUUUUCCGUUCUAGACUUCGUCGGAGUUCUGCUUUUUUCCCCCUUGUCGGACCACGCAUACCGGAUUGCGGCCUCAACUACCAUGAC